AUGCAGGGCCAAAUCUAUGGAGAGCCGCUACAGAGCCGGCAGCUGGUGGAGAAAAUGCAGACCUCACUCGCGGAGCUCGCAGUGCUCCAGGAACUGGAAGUGAGGCGCCUGCAGCAAGAGGUAGAGCUCCUCCAAGAUGAGUUGGAGAAUCUGCGUGGCAGGCAAUCCUUGGCUUCCAUUCAGACGACGAGCAGCGAGGCCAGCCUGGGCCCACUCCGCGUGGCCGCAGCGCCACCGAUGCCGCCACCGAGCUUCCCAAUGGAGCGCCUUGAGGAAGAGUCGAGUCGUCCUCUCAGCCCCGCGCGCCCGGUACUGCCGGAGAUGCUGACACGGAGAGGAAGUGAGAAGACCGCCCGCGUCGAAAAGUCCUGCAUGCUGAGGUUCAACAUCUUCGAAAUCCGCGGGUUGCCAGGACACCUUGUCCGAGGGAUCGACCUUGCCGAGGCGACGUGCUCCGUGAUCGUCCACUCAGACUUAGACGAAGGAGAGACCGAGGAGGCCGAUCUCCGACUCGAGCAGGAGGGUGGGGACUGCGAUCUUCCUGGGCAGAUAGACCAGGAAGUGACGCUGCAAGCCGAGUGGAGUGCAGAUGGUUCUGAUGUUUGCGUACGUGUGCCGGACGACCCACUGCCCGAAGUGAUCAAAAUCGAAGUUCGGAUAUCCGGUACCGAACAUCCGGCACCCUGCGCGACGCUGACGCUGAAUGCGGGGCGGCAGCAGUGGGUGCUGGACUGCGGUGGCUAUGUGGAUGCAGAGGCCCUCGUCCAGCGCGAGCGCGUGGGCAAGGCCCUGUUCCGUGGCAGCACAGUGCGAGAUCGCUUGGUGGAGCGGCUGGAGCGGCAAUUUGCCUUUCGCAGCUCCGAGGGAAAGAUGGUGCGUCCCAGAGAUUUGUACAUGGCCGUGAAGCAGUCGCGGGAUCACAAGUCUACACAGCUCUCGGCCAUCCUUCGCAUGGAGGACAUGGAGGAUGUUGUGUUAGAGCUGAAGCGAAUCCACCAGAAGGUCAUCGACAAAGUGAGGAAGCCGAUGAAGGUCACUUCUCAAUACCCGUCCAUAUCCUGGAGGCAGUUUAUGGACUGCAUCCUUCUGGAGGACUUGACCAAGCACACGCAAGGACAGACUGCUCUCAGCCUCUUCAUCGUCCAACGUGCCCUGCUGGGGGAUGAGAUGCCCUCCACAGGGACCUCGAGUGCUCUGCUGAUGGCCUAUGAGAAAGUGCGGCGCCCGAUCCCAAUAGUUCAGCGCAUCGUGAGCAUGGCGAUCUCGCUCUCCACAGCUGCCAUCAUCCUAAGCUUCGUCCUCCUAGGCAUAACUCUCGACAACAACCCCGAGUGGCUUGGCUGGAUCGCGUUGGACGGCAUCUUCGCGGCCAUCUUUGUCACGGAGGUCGUCGUCAAGGGCACAUCUUUGGGAAUGCGGGGCUAUUUCUGUGGGCGUGACUAUUGGUGGAAUUGGUUCGAUGUGCUCCUCUCCGUGGCCGCCGUCUCCGAAACGAUCCUCAACCUAGCAAUGGCGACGCAGGGGUCACAGACCAAAGCCGCCUUGAUUCUUCGGGGCCUUCGCCUGGCCCGGAUGGCACGCCUCGCGAAGCUCAUGCGCAUGCCGCUGCUGCAGGAGCUGACGAACAUCAUCUCCGGCUUCGUGAUCAGCGUCCGAUCUCUCUUCUGGGUGAUGAUGACUCUUUUUGUGGUCGUGUGCCCCCCUCUUGGGGCUAGGUUGGUUUAG